AUGCAACAUGAACGUGAUACAGAAGGAUACUCCAAGCAAGACAUAGUUAAAUGGAUGGAAUCUGGGAAAGUAAAACCAGCGGAUUCAGAACCUGACCGGUCAGCCGCAACGCCUUUAGAUGACCAGAAAGGGGUAACAGAACCUGUUCAUCGUAUCUCGUCAAUGAGCGGUCAUCAUGAUGAAGUCCCAGUUCAAGGCUUUGAUAGUCAGGUGAAUGUCAGUGAUGAUAUCGGCAUUAUUCGGCUUGAGAAAUAUGGUAUUGAAGUUCAUGUUCCAUCGGGUGAAGCUUACAGCGCAAAAGAUAUUACCGUGGAUGUUAUCGAUGAGGUUCCACCUGAGUUGCUCACAGUACUAAGGGAAACUGGAGCUAUCAUUACCGUUGGUUUGAAGAUGUCGCCUUCUGAUGCAUCCUUUGAGAGACCAGUUAAAGUGACUAUGCCACAUUGUGGUGUAUUCCAAAAACCUGAAUCUGCUCAAAUUGUCACCUACUAUCGCAAGAAUGCUUCAGAAAGUUUUACGGCAAUUCCUUCCACUAAUGGGAACCUUCGAGGCAAUGUCAGGCAACGAGACCUAGAUAUCUACCUAAACCACUUCUCGGAAUCCUGGAUUGUUGCCCUCUUCACAUGGGCAUUCAUUGGAAAACGAGUUAUUUGCACUCCUUAUAUACCUGCGUUAACCCCUAAAAAUGCAAGGCAUCACUUGUAUCUCCAUGUACGCAACGAAAACUUCAGAAAAAGAGAGAUUGAGGAGGGAUACAAGGCGGCUACCACAGGAAAGUAUUUCUUAGUGAGAUGGCGUUCUGGUGGAUUACAUAUAACUUGCCCAGAAAGCACCAACGAUGAAAGGCCCGAGACCAUACCGGAAAGUGAGAUUACUCAUUUGCCUGAGAACGAAGUGUCAUUCAUUGUUGAUACGAGAAACGUAGAAGAGGAUGAAAUCUUCUUAUGGUUCAUCUUGCAACAACGUACAACAAAGAAGAUCUUAGUGAACAUGUACCUGCAAGGUUAAUGUACCUUUUCAUACAAUUAAUCUACUACAAAAUGUCCAUACUAAGUUACUGCUUGAC